AUGGGGUGGUACGAAAGCAUCUUUGGGGGCAAGGCUGCCGACCCAUUGGAAAAGCUCGAUCCCAAGCUCCGCGAGUUUCUCGACAAGGAGUCGCCCGUCAAGCUGCAAAAGGCCCAAGAAGAAGAAAGGCAGAGAAGAGAACAGCAACAAAAACAAGAGGCCGAUGCGAAAGCCGCCGCGGCUGCACAAAAGACCGAUUCACAAUCUUCCUCAUCGACAUCUUCAUCAGCGGCGGCAGACAAACCAAAUGUGGUACCGAAGGAGUCCCUGUACCAGGACGGGCGGUACGCUCACCUGUGGAAGAACUACCGACCGCUGGACGAGAUUGAGAGCGAGAGCAAGACCGACCACGAGAAGCUCCAGGACGUCUUGGAGGCCUACAAAUCGCGCAAGGAGCAGAUUGGGCGCGCGGCGCUCGAGAACUGCGCCCUGGAGCAGUUUGAAUGGCGCGACUGCAUGAACAAUGGCAGCUGGGAGGCCAAGUUGACCAUGUGCAGCAAGAAGGUCAAAAAAUUUGAGAGGUGCUACUCGAUGCAGGCUAGGCUAUUGAAGACUCUUGGUUAUCUUUCAACCUACGACAGGCCACCUUCCGUCGAUGAAGAUAUUCAGAUGCACGCAGAUGCCCUCUAUCACCGCAUGAUUGAGCAGGAGGAAGCCAUAGAGAAGGCCAAGGCCGAAAAGAGGCCCAUCCCGCAGUUUGCUCCCCUGCCCAUAAAACCCAUUAUCGCGGCAGAGGACGACAAGUUCCAACUUUCGCAAGAGCAGCGGAAGGAGAUGCAGCAGAGACUGGCCAAGAUCCCAGAGGCGGAGCGGGCCAUGGAGGAGGAGGCCAUCAAGGCCGAGUACAGGGCAAAGGCAGAGGUUGGACACAAGAUCCAGGAUUUAUGGAAAGAGAAUGAAAAGGACAGGGAGAAGCGGAAGAAGGAAGGCCAGGAGACUAUCCUGGAUAAGGUCUCCGGAAUGUGGAAAGGAAACGGCGGCAACGAUAAAUGA